UGGCCCCACGUCCCCACAUCUCCCCCCCCCCCUUUAUGUUUUGGGGUCACAUCCCCACGGCGUCCCCAGUUGCACCCCAGUUUGUUUGGGGUCACAUCCACACGUCCCCAAAUGCAUCCCCGAGGCUUUGGGGUCACGUCCCAGCUGCAUCCCUCGAGGUUUUCAGGGUUUCCAUCCCAACCCCUCGAGGUUUUCGGCUCUCACAGCCCCACUCGUGUCCCCAAUGCCCCCACACGUGUCCCCAGUGUCUCUGAGCACAUCCCCGAGGCUUUGGGGCUCACAUUCCAGCUGCAUCCUGUGAUGGUUUUGGGGUUCACAUCCCCACCACACGUCCCCACUGUCCCCAGAAGUGUCCCCAAGGCUUUGGGGCUCCCAUCGCAGCUGCAUCCCUCGAGGUUUUUGGGGUGUCCAUCCCAACCCCUCGAAGUUUUCGGCUCUCCCACCCCACUCGUGUCCCCAGCGCCCCCACUCGUGUCCCCCAAUGUCUCUCAGCACAUCCCCAAGGAGUUGGGGGUCUCAUGUCCCCAGCUGCAUCCCUUGAGGUUUUCGGGGUUCACAUCCCCUCCACACGUCCCCAGUGUCCCCAGAAGUGUCCCCAAGGCUUUGGGGCUCACAUCCCCAGCUGCAUCCUUCGAGGUUUCCGGCUCUCACAGCCCCACUCGUGUCCCCAAUGCCCCCACACGUGUCCCCAGUGUCUCUGAGCACACCCCCAAGGCUUUGGGGCUCACAUUCCAGCUGCAUCCUGUGAUGUUUUUGGGGUCCACAUCCCCACCACACGUCCCCACUGUCCCCAGAAGUGUCCCCAAGGCUUUGGGGCUCCCAUCGCAGCUGCAUCCCUCGAGGUUUUCAGGCUUUCCAUCCCAACCCCUCGAAGUUUCCGGCUCUCCCCCCCCCCGUGUCCCCAGCGCCCCCAAAUGUGCCCCCAAUGUCUCUGAGCACAUCCCCACGGGGUUGGGGUCUCACGUCCCCCCCAUUCCCCAAAUGCACCCCCGAGGCUUUGGGGCUCCCAUCCCCACAUCCCCAGAUGCAUCCUUUGGGGUUUUCGGGGUUCACAUCCCCCUCCACACGUCCCCAGUGUCCCCAGGUGUCCCCAAGGCUUUGGGGCUCACAUCCCAGCUGCAUCCUUCGAGGUUUUCGGCUCUCACAGCCCCCCCCGUGUCCCCAGUGUCCCCAAAUGUGCCCCCAAUGUCUCUGAGCACAUCGCCAAGGAUUUGGGGCUGCAUCCUGUGAUGUUUUUGGGGUUCACAUCCCCUCCACACGUCCCCACUGUCCCCAGGUGUCCCCAAGGCUUUGGGGCUCCCAUCGCAGCUGCAUCCCUCGACGUUUCCAGGUUUUCCAUCCCAACCCCUCGAGGUUUCCGG